AUGGCCGCCUCUAUUUUAUCGUCUCCCUGCUUCGCCGACAAUCAGUUCACUAGAGCAUGUGUAUGUGCACAGUCGAUCCCCAGGUGGGAAGACAUUAUAUGUUUAAAAGCUUCAAUUCGGAGUGGAAAACAGCAAUUCGAUACCAAGUUAUAUAUGGUCCCUUCAACAAUUGCCCAUCGGCGCCACUGGACAUCGAGAAUGUUCGCUUCUGUUGGCUCGGCAGAUGCAGAUACGGCAUGCCAAGAAAAUGACGUUUCUUCCCGAGCCUCGGCAUCGAGGGACUCCACGAGGAGUGAACCAUUUCUUGGCGAGUCGAGGAGCCACUCAGAUGGAGCGGUCGAUUUUCAGAUGCAGUUGGAGGAGUUGUUUGAAGAAGUCAAAACGAUGGUUAAAAUGGGAAGCAAGGAUGAAGCAAGAGACUUGCUUCAGGCAAACUAUGAAUUUGUCAAAGAACAGAUUGCUGAAGGUACCAAAGGGAUUGAACAGGCUGCCACCCUUGACAUUGUAGCCUUGGGCCACUUGCUUCUUGGAGACUUGGAUCUUAUUGGACGUGUUUUGGAUACAUUGCAGGAGAUUGUUGACCUGCUAAAUGAUGACAUACCUGUUCUGGAUUCAGUAUUGACACAUAUGGGCAGCAUGUAUUCAGCGAUGGGGAAGUAUGAGAAAUCUAUGCUUGUAUAUCAGAGAGGCAUCAAUCUUCUAGAGAAAAAGUAUGGGCAGUCUAGCACUUACCUUGUGUCGCCUUUGCUGGGGAUGGCAAAAGUUCUUGGUUCUCUUCAUAAGGCCAAGAAAGCUGUAGAAAUCUACCAGCGUGCUAUCAAUAUCUUGGAAUCAAGCAGAGGUGCUGAAAGUGAAGACUUGGUUGUACCUUUAUUUUCUCUUGGCAGCCUUUUAGUCAAGGAAGGAAAAGCUGCUGAUGCAGAAAGUCCAUUUCUUAGAAUCUUAAGCAUUUACUCCAAGCUAUAUGGGGAGGGUGAUGGGAGAGUGGGAAUGGCCAUGGCUUCUGUUGCCCAUGCAAAGUGCGCAUCAGGGAAAGCUGAAGAAGCUAUCGAUUUAUACAAAAAUGCUCUUCAGAUUAUGAAAAAUGGAAGCUACACGAAGUUUGAUGAUGGUGUGAUGGAGAAGAUGAGGAUCGACUUAGCUGAACUGCUUCACGUGGUAGGAAGAGGGAAAGAGGGCAGGCAACUGCUGGAAGAGUGCCUGUUGAUUACUGAGAAGUAUAAAGGGAAAGAACACCCCAGCUCAGUAACCCAUCUCCUAAACCUUGCCACCUCCUACUCACAGUCGAAAAACUUUGUGGAGGCUGAGCGGCUCCUGAAAACAAGCUUGGAGAUGAUGAGGAAAAGUGGGACCCCCGAUGACGAUGGAUCCAUUACAUUUCCAAUGUUGCAACUUGCAGUUACCCUCUACCAUUUGAGAAGGGACGAUGAAGCAGAAAAAGUUGCGCUCGAGGCAUUGCACAUUCGUCAGAAAGCAUUUGGGAAGGAUUCCAUCCCUGCUGGGGAAGCUCUGGAUUGUUUGGUAUCCAUCCAGAGUAGAUUAGGGAAGGCAGAUGCUGAACUGCUCGCAAUGCUCCAACAGGUGCUGAAGAUUCAAGAGGACAACUUUGGUGUCGGGAGUCGAGAGACGAUGCCAACUCUGAAGAAGAUAGUGUUCUACUUGGACAAGGUUGGAAGGAAAGACGAGAAAGUGUUUAUACAGAAGCGAUUGGCCACAUUGAUGAAGAAAUUUAAACAAAUGGUCGAGUACUAG